AUGGCGAAACUAAAACAUCUCAUUAGUUGCAAGGCUCUUACAAAGCUACCAAAUAAUCAGAAGCCGCCACCAUUCACAGGAGGGUUUGUUCCAAACAAACCAACUCAAAACAAAGUCUAUUCCUUCAAUCUAACCAAGGUGGAUACUUUGUUUGAUGAGAUACUGCUACAAAAGGCAAUAGAGACACCCCACAGGUUGCCCAAGCCAGAGGAACUCAAGGGCAAACAGAUGAACAGCAGGAAGGUUAAAGCUGGCGGAGAAACCUCCAUAAGUUACAACAGAUCCCUUUCCCCAGCCUCAAGUCAACAUGGUCAACUUAAAUUGGCCAGAACAAAAGAGAAACAACCCGCAACAGAAGCUAGCUCCAACAAAGGCAGAAGAGUCACGAGGGAGGCUAGUCAGAGGCCCAAGGCAACUAUCUCGGCCGGUGUAGUAUUGUGCAGCAACUGCAAGUGCGAGAGUGAGCUAGAAGUGAUUCUGGACAGACAGAAUCAGCCCACACCCAGUGUUUUUGACAGAAUCGGGACAUUAUACCAACAAGGCCCGAUUCCGGCUCUAUCUAAAGACAGAACAAGACAAAAGGACUAUCUUAGGCCUGCUCAGCGCAGCAGAAGGAUGACAGAGCAGCCCAAGAAGGAAAUACCAAUUAAGAUGUCCGAGAAUGAAAAGCCCUUGACAACUAUCAUAGAAGGCAGAUAG